UCAUGGACGACAAGGAAACUGAACAAACCCACUCAGGGGUGGGAAUUGACACCUCUAAUGAGGAUGAGGUCCCAGAUAGUGGCGAAGAAGACAACAUGGAGCAGCUUAUGGGCUCGCUCAUGAAGGGCAUGGCAAAAGCUUUCUCAACGGCAACUGCAAAUAAAGACAGAGGUGUUACUACAGUACCACAGAUAGAGGAAGCAACGGUGACGCAACAGAAAACUACGGGAGUCGCCAUUCGCGUACUUCCAAACGAGGCGUCAACUGUUGAAGAAAGACGAUAUGAAAAGAUAGCCAAAAAUGGAGUGAUUCGCUUAUUCGAACUACUUAAUCAAUCGUGAAUCACGG